UAUAAAUACUGGAAGAGGGCCCACUGGACACAUGUAUUUUAGUGAGCAACAUGGUUGCAAUCAGCCUAUUUGUUCUCCUCGUAUUGUGCAACAGUCUUAUUCCCUACUACGAAGCCAAGUUCGUUGGAAGCAUCGAAGAUUUGGAUUUUACUUACGCCUUUCCGUACGAACCAGAGAAUGUCACGUGGGCAAUAACAGAAAAGCCGAAAAAUGCAACCACUACAGUUUCGAAUACUACCCCUCAGCCAGACUACAGUAAUCUGUAUCAAGCUAUUCCUUUACUAUCGAAUCAGGCUAUAACGUUCAUAAAAAUGUUGAAUGAAUUCAAUGAUAAAAACUAUCGGUCGCUGGUCAGAUUACUCAGCCAAAUUUCAUCUUCUCUAUCGAACCCAUCAGAUUUCGAGAACGCAUUGCAAAUAUGGGUACGGAUAGCUGAGGGAUCAGAACAGCUCACCGAAAGUUUUCUUCAACGGAUGUCUGCUCUAGUUGAGCCCAACAGACCAGUUGAGCACGCAACCGUACUGCUUUCAAACUUGAAGACCUACAUGGAAUCGUACAUCUCGGAUGUGUUGAAACGGCAAGACGCUGCGCUUCAAACGGCAUUUGAUAUGCUGGAUCGAGACACGCUGACGAAAGAAGAAUUGACUCUACUAGAUACACUCUUUGGCUUCCAGCAACGAAUUCAAGCACAUUCCUUCAAAACGCUCAACGAAUACGUUGGUCUUGUUGAUGGCUUGGCGGCGGUUACAAAAGACUCACGCUAAUCUUGACUGUAUGGCAACACGCAGUAGACAUCCCAAAUUGUGCAUCAUCAUCCGUAAUCCCAAGUUGAUGUAUACGUAUCUU